UUCAGUCAGAGUUUUCGCGACGGAGGGAGUGCGUGCGUAUCGCGUCGAGGGCUUGAUUUCCUCACCAUCGUUGGACUUUUUAGCUUUGCAAGACGAAAGUGAACAGUUGAAAAAGUGUCAAAACGUGAAAAAUAUUGAGUUGGUGAUAGUUUCGUGAUUGGUAGCGUCCUAGAAGGUUCCAAAUCAGCCUCUGGAAUGUGGCUUUGGCAUCGCGUUUUUGGAAAAUGGUGACGACCCUCAUCGCGAAGUUUUAAUUGGGUUGGUCAGUUUUGAGUGGAAAACGAUAAGUGCGCGCGCGUGUGUGUGUUUGUGUACGUGCGUGAGUGAAGGUCGCCGUGUUGGUGUUUACACCACGGAAUGUCAACCAGACCACGACAAUAACAGAGUGGAGUUUGAAGAGGAAGGAGGUGUUUCGAAAUUACUGGAGAAGGUUGAAGGAAAAAAAACCUUGCAAGGGGUGUUGUCAUCACGGUCGCAGGUGCUAAAUUAAUUGUGAAAAUGGUAGUUUAAUCCAUGCCCGACGGGAUUGUGCGUGAAGUUCAAGGAGUACAGUGCGUGAAGAACGCUGAAAUUGGUUAAAGUUCGACGCUCAAACAAAUUGGAAAACUUUCCAGCUGCUCCUCAGCAUUUUUUGGGUUUUUUUUUUGCGAGGAACAAGUUCCUCCUCGUACAGUGUCCGUAGUGUGAGUGCGUUUUCGACGAAUAAAAAGAGGUGGCACAUAAAAAAGGCGAGCUGAUUUCAUUUUAUUUUGAUCGAUUGCCUGCGUGUGGCGGAAGAAAACGCAGAUCCUGUGCCCUACUUUGUGGAUAUAUUCAUCGUGGUCGCAGUUGAUUGCUUUGCAUCGGAGAUAACGCGUCGACUUGACGAUCACGACCGGCGAUCUCCUAAGGCCGACCUGUCUGUCCGUCCGCCACGGGCACUAUCUCCAAACCUCGGGGCCACAUUUUCCCAUAUCGCGCGCUCGCCCCAGCCCGAUUCAAUUGCAACAUCAUCAAAUAUUCACAAUGUACACUGGUGGUGAGCGGGCACCAGCAACGGGUCCGCAAUCAGCAACAACCACAACAACAACAAUCACGGCGACAUCACCAACGUCAGGCUGGCUCCGUUUGACGCGAUGAGGUAAUGCACGACCAACAGCAGCAGCAGCAGAUACUAUCCAACAGUCGGUUCCGUGGCCACAGCAGCAGCAGCAGCUCCAAAGCCUCCGAGCAGCGAAGACGCGAGCGAAAAUAGCAACAACAACAACAACAAAAAUACAAAGUUGAUACACAACCAUCAUCACCAUCACCAAUAGAGUCGUCUCGAACAAUGAGUUCAUUGGGUCGAGUUCUUCUGGCAUCCCGAAACAGCAGCGAAGAACAAGACGACACUCGACGUACAUCACCCAAAUAGAAAUAACAGUCGAUUCGAAGGACGGCAGCAACCGUAACAGCUCCAGGCAGGUGGAACACAGACAUCACACCAGUGUAGUACAAAUCUAGUUAGACAAACCAAGUGGAAGAAAGAGGAGGAAGAAGCAAACGAAGAUGGCACCCAGUCAGAAAUCGACGAAAAAGUGGGAAAUCUUCGCUGGAAGAAACAAGUUCUACUGCGACGGUUACCUUAUGACUGCCCCCAAUUCGGGGGUGUUUUACUUUACCGUAGUGCUCAUCACCGGAACCAGUGGGCUGUUUUUCGCCUUCGACUGUCCCUUUCUGGCGGAGCGCAUCACCCCGGCCAUCCCGAUCGUCGGCGGCAUCCUGUUUGUGUUCACCAUGAGCUCUCUGUUCCGCACGUCGUUCAGCGAUCCGGGCAUCAUCCCGCGGGCCUCCCAGGACGAAGCGGCCUACAUCGAGAAGCAGAUCGAAGUGCCAAACUCGCUCAACUCGCCGACGUACCGGCCGCCGCCCCGCACCAAGGAGGUCUUCGUCAAGGGCCAAACGGUGAAGCUCAAGUACUGCUUCACGUGCAAAAUCUUCCGGCCGCCGCGGGCCUCGCACUGCAGCCUUUGUGAUAACUGUGUCGAUCGGUUCGAUCAUCACUGCCCUUGGGUGGGCAACUGCGUGGGAAAACGAAACUACCGUUUCUUUUACAUGUUUAUCGUCUCUCUCGCGUUCUUAGCAGUAUUCAUAUUUUCCUGUACAACGACACAUAUAGUUUUGUUGUUUAAAGAUGAGGAUCAGUUCUUUGACAUUGUCAAAAAGACUCCGUUCAGUGUGAUAAUAGCGGUAAUCUGUUUCUGUUCGGUGUGGUCCGUGAUCGGCCUGGCCGGCUUCCACACCUACCUUACCACCAGUGAUCAAACAACGAAUGAAGAUAUCAAGGGUUCUUUUACCUCGAAGGGCGGCCAGCAGGCGAUCAAUCCCUACUCGCAGGGCAACAUUUGCCUCAACUGUUUCCACAUUCUUUGCGGCCCCAUCACUCCAUCGCUAAUUGAUAGACGAGGAGUCGUGACGGACGAGUAUCGGACGCAGAUGCAACCGCCGGACAAGUACAACAGCGCGCCGGUGCCGCCGCUGGUCGUGAUGCAGCCAGGACACGAUACGCUGAACAAACCGUACAGUUUAGAGAACGAAACACAAAGCUCGAAUGCGGGCGUGUUUCGACAACGAAGCUACGAUAACUUACAGAAUGUGCCGAUUCCGACCAAUUUCAAGUAUUUCGCUCCGCAGUCCAAGUACAACACGUACAAUAAUACUAACAACGGCGUCGGCAUGAGCGAAAGUCAGAACCAGCUUGUUCCGCAGGUUUCGCCGGCGAUUCUCCAGGGUGGGGAGCUUCAAGCGCAAAGGUUUCUUCCCCAGCAUCACCAGCAGCAGCAGCAGCAACUCCAGCAGCAGCAAAUCAAUAUCAACAUCAAUCUGACCUUGCCCAGUCACGCCUCCAGUACCAAUAGUCUCAAUAGCUGUAACGCACCGCAAACACAAACGCUGCUGCCGUUGCAGGCACCGUCGCACGGUAACGUUCUAGCACCUUCAGCGGUUGGCGCUGCGGCCGACUCUUCGUCGUCCUCCUCGAGCUCUACCACUACCAUCAACUCGUCGACCACUUCCGGCACGUCGUCGCUUGAGCGCAGCAACAUGAUGCUUCCGUCGGGCUCGUCUUCCUACCUGAACAGCUACGACACGAUCUCCGACCAGCAGCAGCUGCAGUACAGCAAUUCCCUGCCGCACACGUGUCCCAGCAGUCCGCGGAACCGCUGUGCCAGCCCGAGCUGCAGCGAGCUGGACCCGAUGCUUCAGAAGAGCAAAAACUAUCACCACAAAAGCUACAAACUGUUUAAAAAGCAUCAUCACCAGCAGCAGCACCAACAGAACCCGGUGUCCCCGCAGGCGUCCUCUUUUAGCCAGUUUACGCCCACGUUCUGGAGCGCGCAGAGCAACCGGAGCAGCGUCGUCAGCACCGGAACGCUGGCCUCCUCGAUCGGGUUCGGAAGUAACCACGGUGACGAGUACGGCAGCGCAUCAUCGUCCUACCCGAACUACGGCGGAACGAUCGGUGGUAGUGGCGGUAGCGGAGGAGUUGACGGAGGAGGAGGAGGCGCAGGAACCAGCAGCAACAGUCCGUAUGCACAGCGACGGGGUGCGGCCGCUGCGACCGUCGUCGACAAGCAGCGCUUCUCCAAUGUUUUUGUGUGCUUUACCAGUCAUAUGUGGCGUCUACAAUUAUUCCAAAACAAAUAUUCCGAAACUACUCGGAACCAUCACCACACUGCAGGACAGCUGGAUGAUAGAGUAUACAUAGUUAAUGCAUUCCGGUUUCACAGUUUUUUGUUUUUUGGUUUGGAAAUAGAGGGCAGGGUCAGAGGUCAACUUCCGGCAAGAUAGAAACAGAUAAAUUGAAAAUAAACGAAGCUUUGACAGAGCUUCCACACUGGUUACACAGGACACAAACAUUCCAUUUCUUCCCCUCGUUUAGACUAAUAGAGCAAGUAAUUAAACUUCGCAGCUACGAUUUAUCCUGUUGAACAGAUACAAAUGGUAUAAUGUCUUAUGAAAGAAAAAAGAGAAACGAUAUAAAGCGAACAGAAAGUAACUAACAAGGAAUGUGAUGUGAUGGUAGAAAAUGUGAAGAAAGGAGCGAUAUUUUCUAUACUGGAAUUGAAUCAUAGAUUUUGUAUUUGGGCAGAGAUUGAUGGAAAAUCAACUAUUCACGUUUUAACACUGUUCUCCCUUCCAUCCGUAAAACUUUUAAAUACAAAUAGACCGCUUUUAACAACUCGUGCUUUUUAGAUUUUCAAGCUAAUUUAUUUUGUAGUACCAACGAAUCUUGAAACAUUGAAACUCGGCAAUAACGAUAUUUUAGAAUGAAAAUUAGCAAAUUUUAGCAACGGAAAUCUAUAACCAAAGACAACUGGAUUAUUUCUCGUACCAAAUAAUACAAUGAGAGAUGUUGGUUGUGCUGAAUCAGGCGUUGUUCGGUUUUUUGAAGAAAAGAAAAGUUCGAAUUUGCAAACAAAUCUACGUAGUUUACGAAACUCUUGCGAUAUUAUGCAGUAGACAGAAACGGUUCAAUUGACAAACACAACGCAACGAUAAGUUUUUGCUCUCUAGAAAGGUGCAAUGAAAAUAAAUAAAACAGAAUCUUGAUUUAACAAAGGAAAUUACGUUUAAAACGAUGAUUGUUACAACUUUAUGAUAUUACAUUAUAUUAUAGAUGGUAGAAUUUGCGAAAAAACAAACAAAUUUAUUUACAUUUACUCGUUUGCGAAAAAGGAUAAAAUUCAGCAAAAUAAUUCUCUAUUUGUUAGUUGAGGGAACAAGAGACAAAAGCAUGUAAAUUUCACCAAGUGAAAGGAUCCGAAGAACGGAAGUUAAAUCUACGAUUUUUUAUACACGUUCUCUCUUGUGACGAGGCAAGUGAUGUAAAACAAUACUCACAGGAUAUAGAGUGCAAUUGAUUCGCCGCAUGUGAUGCGCGUGAGGGGGCAAAAUACAAUACAAUAAAAGAGCAUCGUUUGAACGACCAAAACCAAAACUUUA